CGUGGCAUUUUACAUUUGUAGUGUUGCUCUCGCAUUUUAUUGAUUGAUUGAUGAAUAUGUUAAUACCAAAUUUGUUUGUUUUGUUCUUCAAUUCCUAUUUUGUCUUUCUUGACCCAUUACAUUUAAUUGAAUUUCAGAGGUGGGUGAUUUCUUUUUGACAUCUGGGUUUGAUUUGACAAAACCCUUUUGGUGGUAUGGAGGUUUAUAAGAGAUGGAUUAGAAGGAAUAAAGGUUUUGUGCGUCAAUUGGAUUCUAUUGCCAAUAAUUUGACGUGGUUCCUCCCAGAUGAGUUUGCUGAAUCAGAAAUCGGGCCAGAAGCAGUGUCAUCCCUUGUAGGAAUGAUUUCUACCUUGAACGAACAUAUAAUAGAGACAAGUCCAACUGAGGCGCAUACAAGAUGUGCAAAGUCUUCUUUUAUCCCUUUAUCAUUGUGCCUUACUUUGCUGAAAGACUUGGAAACAUCAAUUGAGGUUGUGGCUGAGCAAAUUUAUGGUGAAAAGAACAAAUGGAAUUUGAUUGCCAUAACUGAGGCUGUCAAGGUUUGUAUUAGGCUGGUUAUCUUCAGGAAGACUGGGUACAAAAUGCUUUUAGAAGGAGGGGAAACUGAAAAUGGAGAAAAUGAUUCUGAUUCUUUUAGUCCUCAAGAAACGAAGAGGCAGCUUGGUAAGCCUACAGGGAAUGAAGAGUCCUGUAUCACAAAAACACUGAAUGCGCAAAACUCUGGGAAUCUUGCAGACAGGGCAAUAACUGCCUUAAGCAGUUUUGGCAAGCAAGCUACAAUGCAACAUCCACAAGCAAUAAUGGAACCUCCAAGUAAACUAGCUGAGAGACCUAGUCUAUGGACUUUCUUAUCUGAAAAAGGUGUUCCUGGAGGCUUCUUGGUGACGGGAGAGAUUUUGUUCAUCAUAAGGCCUCUUGUGUAUGUACUAUUGAUGAGGAAAUAUGGAACGCGGUCGUGGUUUCCCUGGUGUGUGUCACUGGCUGUGGACCUCAUCGGGAAUAGCAUUCUCUCAGUUACAUUGAUGUCUCAACAUAGCGGGAAAAAUCCGCAACUUCAGUUUUCUGACUCUGAGAAGGACGAGUUAAAAAGACGAAGAAUGUUAUGGGCGUUGUACCUCAUGCGAGAUCCACUUUUUACCAAGUAUACCAGGCAAAGACUUGAAAGCACUCAAAGGCUAGUGCAACCCAUUCCCAUUCUUGGAUUUGUUGCAGAAAAAAUAAUUGAAAUUCUUAUUGGAGUCCAAACGCGUUACACGUACAUUUCUGGUUCAUAACAGGGGGAAGCUAUCAGGAGAAAUUUGAAGCGUCUAUAUCUAGACAUUUGCAGUCUUUUUCUUUAGUCGUUUUCUUGAUGAUUUGGGGAGAGUUCACUAUAUAUCUAUGUUGUCUUGGUAGCAAAUUGUCAAUGUUUCUUUUUAGUAUAGUCAUCUAGUUUCCAAGAAACCCUUUUCGCGAUAUCUACCAAGGGUUUCUCUGAUAUUGUCAAAGUAGAUUAAACCUUUAUCAUAAAUCAUUACUGAAAUGAAUGAUUCAAGAAAGCUAUCACUAUUAAAA